CCCUCACAUUGGUUCACGACUUCCAGACUCAAAUAUACCGCCCAAUCCCUCGCUUUGGUCAGGAUUAAAAAAUAGAAAAAAGCAUGACAGACAUGCAAUCCUACCAUAUUAUAUAUAUGACGCCGAUGCACUUUGUUGUCUUGUGAUUGAACCAACUAGUGCCGGCCGCCUUUCACACCUCAAACACCAAGAAGUUAAAAUUAUCUCGCUUCCUUGCUUGCUGUUUCCCAUUUUAAACCGAACCCUACCACUUGUAACGCUUCAAAACCAUAGCCAACAUCCUUAACCAGUCCCCCGCCCCUUUUAUGUAUCUUACAUAACCGCACAAUGAAGAACGUAUCGAGAAACAGGUUCUUGCUUUGUUUUCGGCCCGUCGUCGACAUGGAAGUCGUUCUCGAGUCCAAAGGUGUGGUCGAUCGGUCGGGCAGUCAAGGUUUUCCGUAUAUGAGCGUGGAAAACAAGGAGGGAAUUAAGGAAACGUUGACUCGAAAGCGAACCUUUUCUCGGGUGCUUAGAGCCGUGAUGUUUGAAGCAAUAUCGACUAUGAAGGCUCGUAAUAGGAAAAGCAAUAGUCAAGAUUCGUGUCAAUCAAGCCUUAGUCUGUCCGUAAGGUCUCAUGAUUCGAGUGAUGACAAAUCUGUGAAUCCGGCAUCUGUGGAUACUGACACUGAUCCAGAAGUCAGAACAGAUUCUGGGUUGUCACAUUCAUCUUCUUCCGGUUCAUCAUCUUGUUCAGAAUCAAUUUCAGAAAAAAAGAACUCACCCAGGUCUUUGUCUGGCUUUGAAAAGAAGCCAGAGAAGGUUAAGAUGUGUUGCUCUGGUGUUCAUUCUGGCAUAUGCUUGCUUGUCCUUAGCCUUAUGAUCACAAUCUUGUGGGGAAGGCUUUGUGCUAUUGUUUUCACGUCGAUCUGGGUAUACUCCGUACCUCGCCGGCACGUGGGUUUUGGCAGGGAAGAAAGAGUGAUCAAGUUACCAAAGAUCGAAACAAGAGAGAACAAAAAAAAGGUGAUAAUAGAAGGGCUACUUGAAAGGAACCACCACAGAAGGCAUAAGUUAAUGACGUGAAAAAUGCUCUUUUUCGUGCCUGAUCAAUCUUUCUCUAUGGCUCUCUGGUUACCCAAUUAAAAGCAUUCUCAGAGCAUGAGCGACAAAAACACAACUGUUUCGUCUGCUGCGCUUUUUCAGAGACUUGGGGAGAAGAGCAGGACAUUCUGUUCUUCGGUUACUUCCCAGCUUUUAAACUUCUGUUUUGUUUUAUCUUUCUUUUUUUGUAUUUUUUCUCUUUAUUUUUUUUUUUUUUUUUUUUGUUUAAGAAUGAAAGAUGUAAAAACGGAUGUACAGAGCUUUUGGUCAUUUAUCGACUGUCAUUUCUGUUUUGAA